AUGGAGCCAACGCCGAGAGAUGACUUAUGGCCCCUCCAGCAGAAAGGUCCGGAGUGGUGCUUGGGUCGGUGCAGGAGCCCCACUGGGCAUGAAGAGGAUGAAGAUGGGAGGAACUUAGGGGUCUGGUUUGGUCUGGGAAUCGGCCAGGGCUUGCUGGUUCAGACCAGCUACUUUUCAAAUGAAUGGAGAAAUAAGAUGUAUUUCAAGAAAUUCAGGAUGUUUUUUUGCCUCGUAGGGCUCAGCUGUGCCAGCUUAUGGCUUUUGUACAUCAGUUUGACUGAAUUCUGUGUGUUCUGUGAAAAGAGCGAAAAUUACAUCUUCCCCCCACAGACUUUUAGGAGAAGCAAUGAAAACUUCUUGCUGCUCCCAGAUACAGACUGCCAUAAGGAUCCCCCUUUCCUCGUCCUGCUUGUGACAUCCUCGGGCCACCACGUCGACGCCAGGAUGGCCAUCCGGCAAACCUGGGGCAAGGAGAGAACAGUCACCGGCAAACGCAUUGUAACGUAUUUCCUCCUGGGAACCACUGUGAAUCACAGCCAGCAGGCUGAUAUUAUUGCUGAAAGCCAAAAAUACAAAGAUGUUAUUCAAAAGAAUUUUACGGAUACGUAUUACAAUUUGACUUUGAAGACUAUGAUGGGAAUGGAAUGGAUUCACAAAUUUUGUUAUCAGUCCAGCUUCGUGAUGAAAACUGACACAGAUGUGUUUGUCAACGUCUUUUACCUCACUGAGCUUCUUUUAAGAAAAAACAGGAGCACUAGGUUCUUCACAGGCUUUUUAAAACAGCACGAGUACCCUAUACGGAAAACAAAGAGUAAGUGGUAUGUGAGUAAGAAAGAAUAUCCAGGAGGCACCUACCCGCCGUUUUGUUCAGGAACUGGCUAUGUUUUAUCCACUGACGUUGCUAGUGAGAUCUAUGAUGUUUCAGAGAGUGUCCCGUUCAUUAAACUGGAGGAUGUAUUCAUAGGAUUGUGCCUUGCCAAAUUAAAAAUUCAGCUGGAGGAGCUUCAUUCAGAGCAGACAUUUUUUCCAGAACGGAUUCAGUUCUCUGUUUCUCGCUUUAAGAAAAUCGUGAUGUGCCAUGAAGUAAAGCCACCUGAGCAGCUGAGCUACUGGAAUGGCUUAGUGACAUAAAAAAGCCAUAGAGCGGUCUAGCACCUUACUUGCUUGAAUUUACAAAUUGAAACGCUCAGAAUUAACAGGGUUGCUCUUUACUUCAGCAAAACUCUCAACUCUAGACCCGUUAUGUUAAAUACUUUUUAAUGAUUAUUUUAAUCUCCACUUCUGCCUAAGAACAUGCAAACAUCUUUCUCACCCAUUCACUCCUGCUUCCUUGCCUCCCUUUUCUACGUAACUUACAAAUUUAUUUUUUCUGAAAAAUGCAGGCCCACAGAACAGCCCUCAACAUGGACCAACUCUCCAAAUCUUGCCACUCCAGGACUGAGACUAUUUCUGCAGGGCCAAACUAAAAGUCAAGGUACUUUCAUUCAAAGGAAAAAUUUGCACCCUCUUCCCUGCUCCACUUGGCAGAUUACUGUGUUUGCAUGCAUCAGGCAUUUAAGAAAACGUGUUUGUAGCUGUCAGGACUUUUCCUUGCUGUUGUAGAAGACUGUAGUGCUGCCCUUGCAGGGAGCUCUGGGUGGGCAGGAAGGUGUAGAAACAUAAGUCUCUCCUCAAAUCCGCUGGGCUUGUUUGCACAGAUGGAAGAAUUUGCCCGUGCAACACCCUUGGGACCACUGUGGGUGACCUUAGGUAUCACAGGUCACCUCAUGAAUGGGUAAGGCUGUUGCAUCUGUUUCCCUAUGCACCUCUCCUGCUGCAAAUGACGUAUGGUAGAGCCAGACCCAAGCUUGGUGGAGGGUGUGCUGCUCCUUUCUAUUGCCUUAGAUUACACCCUGGAGACAUCCUUCACAUUUGUGGCUCACUCUGAAUGCUUGAAAGCUGCCAUAUGGUUUAUCCAAGCUAAACUAGAGUCGCUUACAAUGAGGUAGACAGUACAUCUGAUUUAGAUGUUUUUCUAUCAGGAACUGGGUGUGCAUAGGGGAGAAGACAGGAGGAUUUUUUCUCCUGUAAUGAAGACUGGGAGUCUCAUUUCUUGUUUCAUUAGCAACCAAAGACUCAUGAAAUCAGUGGCAUAUUUGUGGGUUCGAGGCAUACGGAACUGAGUCUUUACAGUAAGUACUGUGGAAAGUACAUCUGGUAUAUGAAGAUGGAGGAGGAAGCUCAUACAAUCAUGGCUUAUGCAGUACUCUCCGGUACUUUCUUCCUUUUGAUUUACUCUCCAGGCAAACAAAAGGUCAGUUUUAGUAGCAAAUAAGCCUAUACUAUGUAUGAAAUAUUUUUUUAUAUAAAGGAAUUUGAAAUCUUAUAUAGGAUUUUAUUUGAUGGGUUGUCCUGACUCAAGUCAAACCCAGGAGUUGUAUACUACUCUCACACUUGUUGUCAGUCAAAUAUAUACUGAAUAUACACUGGAUGCCGUAAAAAGCAUGGAGGUAACAUAUGGAAAUUAAAUAGUGGUGUGCUGCACAGGGACCCCUGUUUAACACCGUUAGUCUAUACACUAUUUAAGGCCACAUGUUCUCCUGUUAGCUGUGCCUGCAGAGCAGUGCAGGCAUGCUGCGCAACCCAGGAGGGGCUGCAGUGCGCGCCUGGGUCUCCUGGUCUCAGGCGCUGGUCCCGGCCACCGCCCGCCUCCCUGGGGCCUGCAGAGCUCACCCUCGGAGGUGAGCACAACCCCACAGCCCACGCCUCCAGCUGGAGGAAGGAUAAUAUGAAUAAAGGUAGAUACCUAACUGAGACACUUAGGAUGGCUGAAAAAGUUCAGUACAGUCAGUAUUUCUGAGUCUUUUCUGAGAGGCCACAUGGAAAGAUCCAGCACUGAAAAGAGAAGAGAGUGAUGCAGAUAUUGCAGUCUUUUGAGGUUUUCAAUGAUUUAUUUUCUGAUAUAGGAGAAGGUAUCUUACUACUUUGGGUUUAUUUAUUUUUAUUGUUUCUUUUUAUUGAACUUAAUAACUGGCCAAGUGUCCCUUUUUACUUGCUUGUGUCCAAAGAGCAGGAUAAAUGUUUUCAAAGCAGGAAUAUGCCCCUUCAUGCUCUAGGAAGCGUUUCAGAACAGUAAAAAUAUGCUGUAUAUUUUCUUCUGAUGUAGAGCAAACUGAGCUCAUGCACUUACUUUUGACAGCUGAUGAUGAAAUAAAUCGUUUUUGUUUGUUUGGCAGAAGAAUGUUCUACUUUAUUUGAAGUAAGUUUCCCACUGAGGAAACAGCUACGUGUCUGGUGUUUGCAGGGACACAGCUUACCCGGGUGGUUAGGUGGGUGAGCAGAGGUGUUUGCCCUUCCCCUAACGUGUGCCCUGUGCCAUGCAGUGGGGAGCCCUGCUCCAGGUCGAACAGCAUCUUGCUGCCUCCCAUCCCAACUGCAUCUGCCCUUGGGCUCAAAGCCCUGCUGUAGCACACCUACUUUUGCUGCUGCCUUCAGCAGUCAUGGAUGGUCAGACUUAUAAAGCCUAGCAACAGUAUUAUAAUGACUUUUCUUUCCAUGUAACCUGCAGAAGUGUUUUGUUUUUUUUUUUGGGGGGGGGGGCAUUAAUUGUUGUAGCGAAGGUACAAGCUGAUAAUUACUUAAGUUUAUGGUAAAACACUGAGUAGUAAGGGAACACUUUCUAGCCUCUCCUAGCACACCCCCUUGUAAGGGUCUGUGAGCUGUGACAGCACAGAGUGCCCUAAUAUUCAUCCUGGCCUCUUCCUGAACUGAGAGAAAUACUCCUGCGGCCCCUUGUGGGUCCCUUCUCCC